ACCCUUAUUUACAUACCUCGACAUCCUUACACGGCAUUAAACCAACCAGUGGUCCAGUCGGCAGCUUAAAGUUAUCCAAACUGUAGAUAGUAAAAAUGAUUGAAGAAGAAGACCAUACCUUCAUGGGCACGAAAAAGACGAGUAGGAAAAGAACCAAGUACAUUGUCUUUGCCGUGGUCCUUAUCCUUGUCAUUGUCAUCAUUCUCGCUAUCGUACUUGGCGUUACUCUCUCUUCAAAGAAGAAACCCUCCCAUGGCAAAACACCUACGAACCAAACCACCACACCAGCGCCACUUCCGACCAGCCCUCCUCACAGCAACGGACCCUAUAAACAAGCUGUAGUAGCUGCAGAUGCAGGAACUUGCUCAGAAAUCGGACGAGACAUUAUGAAGAAGAAUGGUUCGGCUGUGGAUGCUGCUGUUGCUGUAAUGCUUUGUAUUGGUAUCAAUAAUAUGCAUUCAGCAGGCAUUGGAGGUGGAGGGUUUAUGUUGGUGUAUAACCGUAGCAAUAUGUUUGCUGAAGUCAUUGAUUUCCGCGAGGAGGCGCCUGGUUCUGCUAAUGUAACGAUGUUUGUUAAUAGUAGUCUGAAUUCUCAAGUUGGUCCAUCAGCCUCUGGUGUACCAGGGGAAGUGAAAGGUUUCCAUACAGCCUGGAAAAAGUACGGUAGAAUUCCAUGGAAAUACCUUGUCCAGCCAUCGAUUGAUCUUGCUAAAAACGGCGUCCCGUUGAACAUAAACACAUUCCAUGCCAUGGAGGCAAGCAAGGCUCUCAUUCUCAAUGACCCUGGCUUAAGAGAACUACUGGUAAAUGAUAAGGGCGAACUUCGCAAACUGGGAGAGACAAUCAAGAAUCCGAAACUAGCAAGAACACUAGAACGUAUACGAGAUAAUCCAGAAGCCUUCUACAGCGGAGAUCUGGCGAAGGAUCUCGUGCGAGACAUACAGAACAAUGGUGGAAUAAUUACUUUACAAGACAUGAAAAACUACGAGGCUAAAAUUAGAAAACCUCUGGGGAGUACCCUAGGGUCAAAUGUUUGGUACUCCGUGCCUCCCCCUGGUAGUGGUGUCGUAAUGGGACUGAUUCUUAAUAUUCUUAAAGGUUACAACAUGACAUCCGCUGACCGGAAGGAUACAAACAGCUCUAUCCUGACUUACCAUCGCAUCACAGAGGCCUUCAAGUUUGCUUAUGCCUACCGAGCUUUGCUUGGAGACGAAGACUUUGUAGACCUGGCUGAGACAUUGAAAAACAUCACCGAUCCAAGUUUUGGCGAGUCUCUUCGUCAUAAAAUCUUUGAUAACAAGACAUUCAAGAACUACACGUACUACGGUGACUACUACUCGACCGAAGGAGGAGGAACCUCCCACAUGUCGCUGAUGGCACCGAAUGGAGAUGCUGUGUCUAUUACUACUACUAUUAACUUAUACUUCGGGAGCAAGUUUCGCAGCACCAGUACAGGAAUCAUCAUGAACAACCAAAUGGAUGACUUUGCUACUCCAGGGAAAAUCAACGCGUUUGGCGUCGAGCCAUCUCCCGCCAAUUUCAUUAAACCGAGAAAGCGACCGCUGUCCUCAUGCUCGCCGUCUAUUUUUGUUGAUAACAAGGGUGAUGUACGGAUGGUUGCUGGGGCGUCUGGAGGAACUAAGAUUACAACUGCAACUCCUUUGACUGUUAUGAACUACCUGUGGUUUAACCGGACGCUAACGCAGUCGGUCAGAGACCCUCGACUCCACCAUCAACUCAUGCCAAUGUAUAUCAAAACAGACAAGAUGUACCCUAUGCCCCAGGCCAUUAUCGAUGGUCUCAGAAGGCUAGGUCACGAGGUCAGAGUGCUUGAUGGGUUUGCUGUGGUCCAGGCUGUUGUUAAAGAAAAAGAUGGCAUGUUGUAUGGAGAGGCAGAUCCUAGAAAAGGAGGCUGGGCAGCUGGAUUCUAACCAUUGACUUCAACCUCCUACCCUCAUUAUUAGCCUCCUCCACAGGCGUCUUUCGUCUUUCUUUUCUUUUUUGUUGAAUUGGCAGGUAACCAAUCAAAAAACUGUCCCAAAAUGAAACGUUCUUCUGCGAUUUCAAAUAAAUUGUCGCCCUUUCACAGUUCCUUGCGAUUUGAAUGUUUGAUCG